AUGGCUGAUCAACAAGUACCAAAACCAGUUGGCUCAAUAAGUAAACUUCAAGGAAUGUUUAACAAACCAGCUGCAGAAACAGUACCUCCAAAAGUCGUACCAAAUUUUAAAAUUGUAAAAAAAUCUGCAGCAACACCAACAUCUACCACACCACCAACAUUUACAUCUACAUCAGCAGAAGGAGCAAAUAAACCUCAAGAAACACCACAAACUUCAGCAUCAUCAUCAUCAGCAUCAUCAACUCCAUCUACAUCACCAGUAAUUACAAGUACAUCAGCACCAAAACCAUCAACUUUUAAAAUUUCACCAACUUUAAAACCAAUUGGAUCAUCUACACCCACAACAAGUACAACUCCUCCUCCUUCAGGAUUACAACAAGCAUCAAUUUCACAACCAACUACACCAGGAUUAAAACCAGCCAACAGAGUUUUUGUUAAACCAGCAGGAUCUACAUCUGCUCCAACAACUCCAUCAUUUAAAGGUGCAGCACCAAUUAGAAAAUCUCCAUCAUCAAAUGAAAAUUUAGCAGAGAUCGCAGCAACAACUACAACAUCUGCUAAUGUUGCUACAACUACAACAACAACACCAACUACAUCUACAACACCAAUUCGAAAGUCACCAUCAACCAAUGAAAAUUUAUCAACACCAUCACCAACAAGCCCAACUACAAUAUCACCAACUAAUCCACAACUUUUAGUUUAUGUAUUACCACCAAUUGCAUCAAAAGAUGAACAACAAUCAGAAGCUUCUGUAACUUCAACAAUAAGACCAAAAUCAAUUGCAAUCAAUAAUAAUAAUAAUAAUAAUAAUAAUAAUAAUAAUAACAAUAAUAAUAAUAAUAAUCAACCAACUACUUCAACUACUAAACCAAUAGUUACAAAUGAAAUUAAUGAAAUAUUAAGUAAUGAAAUAUCAAAGAAAUCAAGUAAAAAGAUACAAGAAGAAAUGAAAUCUAAAGAAUAUGUUAGAGUUUUAUCAAAUAGAAAAGGUGAUUUCUCCUCAUUAUCAGUUGUACGUGGUGAUGUUUUAGAGAUUAAAGAAAAAGGUGAAAAGGAUACUUAUUUAGGAUGUAAUGGUUAUAAAACUGCAUCGUUUUCUCUAUCAAAUACAAAAAAUCUUUAUCCAAAAGAAAAUGAACCACCAUUAGAUUCACAAAAAGUGGUUGCAAUUAAAGACAUUAGAACAAAUAAUAAUUAUACUGUUAUUAGAGGUGAUGUAUUAUGUAUAUUGGAGAAAAAACAAUCCGCAGCCACCACCACCACUACUUAUGUAGGUAGAGUUAAAGUUGGUUUAGAUGGAUGGGGUGAGAAAUUAGAAUUUCCAUCUGAUUCUGUUAGAAAUAUAACCGAGAGAGAAUAUAUUCUAUUUGGUAAUCUUUUAGAUGUUGUCAUUGAAGUCUCUGAACAAUUAAUGGAUCCAGAAUUAUUUGCAAAUAAUCAAUCAUCACCACGUUCAAAUAGUACAACAAGUUCAUUAAAAAUUUCAGAGAAACAAAUUGAAAAGAAUCAAUUAAUUCUAAGAGAUAGAGUUAAAUCAUUACAAACUGUACGUGAACAAUUAUUAAAUAGUAUAACACCAAAUCCAGAAUUAGAAGUUACACUCUAUAAAGAAAUUGAAAUUACAAGAGCUUUCCUUUCAAAUGAAUUCUAUAUUAUAAAUGAUAACGGUAAUAUUGUAACAUCAGAAAAUGAAUCGCCAAUGAAAUUAUUAAGAUAUCAUUAUCAAAUGAAUGAAAAGAAAAAUACAAAAGAUUCAUCAUCAUCUUCAUCAUCAUCUUCUUCUUCUUCCGCCUCUUCCUCCUCUUCUUCACCUUCUUCAUCAAUUUUAGCAUCAUCUGGUUCAUUUUUACAAUUAGGUUCAUCGAAUUCAUCAUCAUCAUCAUCAUCAUCGAAAUCAUUUUUACAAUUAGGAACAUCACAACCAAAUAAUACAUCAUCAUCAUCAUUAUUAAAUUUAAAUGAUCGUAGUAGUAUUAAUAAUUCUACUGAUAAUAAUGGUAAUAAUAAUGGAAUUAAAAAACAAUGGGAAUAUGGUCAAAUAAUUUGUGAUAUUAAAUUUAAUAAAUGUUCAUUACCACCAAAAAAGAAUUUCGAAUUUUAUUUUUCAUUAUAUAAUUUUUCACAAUCACGUUAUAUAACUGAACAAGUUCAAGUUGAAUGGGAAUCAGUUUUACCAUCAACAUCAUCAUCAAUUGUAUCAUUUAAAUGUAUUUUUAAAAAUAUUGAACCAUCAGAUAUUACCGAAGAUAUUUGUUUCCUUUGUAAAGUAGUUCGUAAAGGUCCAUUCAAAGAUUUAGAUGAAUCAACUCUAAAGAAAGGUACAAACGUUGAUUUUAGAAGACCUUAUGCAUUCGCUUGUAUUUCAAUACCAAAUUUAGUGGUUGAAAAUCAAAUUGCUUUAGAGAGACAAGGUGUACUUCAAUUUUAUUCAACCUCUUCAACCGAUUUAUCAAUUUCACAAAUUCCAGACUUUUUAAUGAAAAACUCGGAUGAAGAAAUUAAAAAACACUUGGAAAUGGUACCAAAGGUAACAAGUGGUUUACCUCAAUCGAUUUUACCAAUUUCAUUGAGUUUCUAUGAUAUUGGAUUCGAUGUUUUCUCAAAUAAAUUCCCACAAUUCCAAAAGAUUGUAAAAGUUGAAAAAUUAGAACAUAAACUUGUAUUUGCAGAGAAAAUUCAUAAAUUCUAUUUAACAUUGGAUAGUGGUAAAUUUACUCAAGGUAAGAAAAUGGAAGUUAUCGUUAGAGUUAGAUUGGAUGAUGGUGAAUACCUUCAAAAUUGUAUGUCUUUAGGUGAUAGUGCCAAUGGUACAUUUGUUAGUGAGAUUCGUUCAUCCACUUGUCCACUCAAUAGUAAUGGUACUACCAUUUGGAAUGAAUCAAUUCAUUUCAAUAUUUCUGAAACUCAUUUCCCAAGAGCUCAUGUUUUAUUCUUUAUUAAAAAUCGUUCAAACUCUUCAAGUAAAGAAAAGAAUUCAUUGGUUGGUUUUAGUUUCUUAAAAUUAGGUAAUGAUAAUUCAACCGUAAUUUCAAAUGGUGAUCAUUCAAUUUCAAUCUAUAAAUUAAAUUCAAUGGAUAAUUUACCACUUCAAUCAUAUAUAGAUUUAAAUAGUCAAAUUGGUAUUGGUAAUGGUGAAGGUAGUAGUGGUGGUGGUGAAUCAUCACCAACAACAUCAUCAAAGAGUGGAUUAAAUUUAAAUAAAUCUUCAUUACUUUCUUCAUCAUCAUCUUCUUCAUUAUCAUUAUCAUCAUCAUCGGUAUCAUCAUCAUCGUCAAAAGAAUCAUCAUCAUUAAAAAAAGGUGAAUCAUUAAAAGUUAAAACUUUAUUACAUUCAAGUGAUUUCAUUCAACAUUCUUCAGUUAUUCAAUUAAUUGAUUGGAAAAAUAAUAAAAAUAUAUUAUCAAAUUUAUUAGAUCGUUUCAAAUUUGUUGAUACAAUUCAAAUUAUGAGAAAUUUAAAUAAGAUUUUAGAUAGUUUACUUUCAAUUUUCGAUAUGUAUUCAAAUGAAGGUAAAGUUGGUGGUAAACCUGAUCCAAAUACUCUAAGUGUUUAUAAUACAAUCGUAUUUGUAAUGGGUUUGCUUACAGAUGAAAGAACCAAUCGUUUCAAACAUUUUAAGAGUGAAAUGGAUCGUUAUAUAAUUGAACAAUUCUCAUUUGCAACAACACAUAAACAUCUAUUGAAAUGUAUUUCCUAUUCUAUAGAGGAUAUUUCCACCAAAGAAACUGCAAAGAUUUCAAAUACUUUAAAAGCCUUGGAUUAUAUGUUCCAAUUGAUUACAAAAUCAAGAUUAGUUUAUAUUAGAGAACAACAAGCCAAACAACUCAUCGAUGAUGAAGAAACUCAAUGGAAACAAGAUUUAAGAGAUUUCUUGGCACUACUUAAUAAUUUAAUGUCAAAUAGUAAUGAGAAGCUAUUAAUUGUACCACAAACAUUUGCAUUACGUAAUUUCGCUGUAAUUAUGAAAGGUUUAAGUAACUUUUUCAAUACAACUGAACUUUGUGUAAUUUUAUCCGACUUUAUGGAAUCAGUCUACUAUAGUGAUAAGAAUUUCUAUCAAUCUAAAUUAACAAUCUAUCAUAAGAUUUUAUCAACUCAAUUACCAAUUGGACCAACAACUUAUCAACAUUUAUUACCAGCAUUAAUCUCAACCAUUGAUCAACAUUUAAAUAAAGGUGAGGAAUUAAGAUUAUCAAAUCAAUUAUUGGCAUUACUUUUAGAAGCUAUUGAAAUAUUAAAUCCAAUCGAUAGAAAUAAAGCAGUUGGUAUUAUUGCAAUUGUUUUCACAAAAAUGUUAACAUUGGCCGAUGCAUUGUUAACAACCAUUUCAAGUGAUACAACAACAUUUACAUCAAUGACAACCGAACAUACUUAUUUACUUUCAAAUUUCUAUACAAUAAUUCAUUACUUUAUUAAAUGUGGUACACCAAUUACAGGUAAUGGUCAACCAACUAAAUAUUCAAAUCAUUUUGAAAAAUAUAUUCAAGAGAAUCUAACUGAAGAGAAAACUAUUAAACCUUUCAUCAGAAAAUUCUUACGUAUUAUGGAAGGUUUUAUUGGUCGUUCCAUUUAUUCAUCAAAAUGGCCAACUCUUAAUCUUUUCCAAUAUAAUGUUACCUUAUCAGUAUUGGAAGUACUUGAACCUUAUUGUUGUAAAUAUUUCACUACUCAAUCAGAUUUAGAUGGUUGGACAUUAUUAUUUAAUGUUAAAUUUGCUUUCAUAACUUCUUCAUCAUUAAGAUUAAAUGAAAAUAGAAUUCAUCGUCUCUCUCAUAUUAAACAACAAUUAGAUGAAAUUAGAUCAUUUAUUUUAAUUUCAAUAAUUAAAUCUUGGAAUCAUUUAUUAACAAUUCAAUUACAAAAUCAAUUUAAUCAAUCAUUAUUAGUAAAUUUAUUAUAUUCUUUAUUAAAUGGUAAUAAUGAUGUUAAUGAAUUUAUUCAAAAUUUAUUUUUUAUAAUAAUUAAAAAUGAAUUUUUAGAAUAUAAAUCAUUAAAAAGAAUUGAAAGUAAAACGAUUGAAGUAUUAGAUAAAAUUACAAUUAGAGAAAGAAUUUGUGAUGAAGAUAUAUUUAAAAACUUUUUAAUUAAACGUUUAAUUGAUAGUGUAAAUGGUGGUGGUGGUAGUGGUAGUAAUGAAUUAUUAAUUAAAGAAUCAAAAUCAUUCAUUUCAAAUAUUAAUCAAUUAUUAUCAUUAUUAUUUGAAUUUAGAACUUUACCAACUGAUCGUGCCUUUGAAGAGGAGAGAACUAUUGCAACCUUAAAAAUGAUGGAAUAUUUUAAGGAUAGAAAAGAUACCUAUAUUAAAUAUCUUUACGAGUUAUUAAAUCAACAUUUAACCAAUGGUUAUUAUACAGAGGCUGGUUUUGCAAUUAUUUUACAUUCAGAUCUUUAUGAAUGGAAUACAGAACAAAUUGUACCACCCUAUACAUUGGCAUUGAAUCAACAACCAACAACAAUGCCACAAGAAUCAUCAAGUGAUCGUAAAGUACGUCUUUUGAAAAUGGCAAUUCAAUAUUUAGAUAAAGGUCAAGUUUGGGAGAGAUGUAUCACACUAUUACAAGAUUUGAAAUUACAUUAUGAACAAACCUAUAAUUUCAAAGGUUUAUCAGAGGUAUCAAUCCAAGAAGCGGAAUUCUAUGAAAAGAUUCUAAACACUGAACGUCUAUUUGCUGAAUACUUCCGUGUGGGUUAUUACGGUAAGAAAUUCCCUCUAUCAAUUCAAGGUAAGGAAUUCCUUUACAAAGGUUUUGAAUUGGAAAGAUUACCCGACUUCACCGCUAGAAUUUUAGCCAAAUUCCCAGAUGCUGAAUUAUUGAAAUCCACAAGUGAACCAACUACUGAAAUUCAAAAUUCCGAUGGUAAAUAUUUAUUAGUCACCGUUGUUAAUCCAUCCAAUUUACAAGAGGUUGAAAAGAAACAAAAAUUCAUUAUACCAGGUACACCAAAUAAUUCGAAAUCCUACUUAAAGAGAAAUGAUGUAAAUGUUUUCGUUUAUUCUAAACCUUUUGAAAAGGCUUCAGGUGCAGUAGUUUCAAAUAGUAAUAAUAAAUUUGGUGAUCUUUGGAUAAAGAAUCAUUUCCUUUUAACUGACUCUUCUUUCCCAACCAUUCAUCGUCGUGCUCAAGUAAUAAAGAAACUUCAUGUCGAUCUAUCACCAAUUGAGAAUGCCAUCAAUUCUGUCUCUUCAAAGAAUGAAGAAUUGGAUGAAAUGGUAAAGAAAUAUGAAAAAUCACCACAACUAAACUUAAAUCCUUUGGCUAUGGCUUUAAAUGGUUCAAUCGAUGCAGCUGUAAAUGGUGGUAUCUCACUUUACAAAGAAGCUUUCUAUCAAGUACCUGAACCAUAUCGUCCACAAAAACCUUUCCUCUCUAAACUCUCUUCAGAAUUAACUCGUCAAGCUAAUAUUUUAGAAUGUGGUUUAAUCAUUCACUCAAAACGUUGUCCUGAUGAAUUACGUGGUCUUCAUGAAAAAUUAGAAUCCUUUUUCCCAAAACUUCAAAGUGAAAUUGAAUCAAUUCAUAAUUUAAUUUAA